UUCAUCAAACUCUCCCCCUCCCUCCACGCCAAACUGAGAAAUUAAACAAACUGCAAAUUUCAACUUCACACACACACACACACACACACACACACACAUUAACAUAAGUUGCUACACUCCAUUCAUAAAGAUUAACAAACUCAAUAACUCAACCAUGGCUUCAAUUUCCAUUCUGUUUCAUCUUGUUAUAGCUAUUACCUUCCUCAGUUGCACAACCACUAAAGCACAGGGUCCAAAUUAUCUCUACCAGGUUUGCUCAACCAACAAAACAACCGCCAACAGCACCUUCCAAUCAAACCUCAGGACCCUCUUCUCCUCCCUAUCUUCCAACGCCACCGCCAACAAUGAUUUCCACAACAGCACAGUCACCGGCCGGAACUCCUCCGAUACGGUGUAUGGACUCUUCAUGUGCAGGGGCGACACCGACACUUCCACAUGCAGCAAGUGCGUCGCAAACGUAACGCAGAAACUCUCCUCCGACUCAGAGUGUUCGUUGUCCAAACAGGCUGUGUCCUGGUACGACGAGUGCAUGGUGCGGUACUCCAACCGCUCCUUCUUCUCCACCGCAGACACCAGGCCCGGUGCUUUCCUCUUCAACACCGCCAACGUCUCGAACCAGGAAAGCUUCAUGAGUUUGUUGUUCGCCACCAUGAACGACACGGCGGAUGAAGCGGCGAGUUUUUCUGGCGGUGCUAAAUACGCCACGAAGGAAGCGAACAUUUCUGGGUUUCAGAGUCUUUAUUGCUUGGCGCAGUGCACGGAGGACUUGUCGCGUCAAGAGUGUAGAAGAUGUCUUGAAGAUGCAAUUGGGAACCUUCCGCGGUGCUGUGAGGGGAAGCAGGGAGGGAGGGUUUUGUAUCCAAGCUGUAAUAUUAGGUAUGAAUUGUACCCUUUCUAUCAAUCCCCUGCUUCUGCCGCACCGGCGCCUUCCCCGGCAGGGAUUGUUCCUCCAACCACUUCUUCUAGUUCUGGAGGAAGUAGUGGGAUCUCAUCAGGGACAAUUGUUGCAAUUGUGGUUCCAAUUGCAGUGGCUCUGCUGCUCUUUGUUGUGGGCGCUUUGUUCUUAAUUAAAAGAGCAAGGAAGAAGCGUGGUUCUGCACAAGAACCAAAAACUGGAACUGAGAUCAGCACAGUGGAAUCCUUGAGAUUUGAUUUCAGUACAAUUGAAGCUGUCACAAACAAAUUCUCUGAAGCUAAUAAGCUAGGUGAAGGUGGAUUUGGUGAAGUUUACAAGGGUGUUCUUCCAAGCGGACAAGAAAUAGCUGUCAAGAGACUCUCUAAAGGCUCUGGACAAGGUGGAGAAGAGUUUAAGAAUGAAGUUGAGGUGGUUGCAAAGCUUCAACAUAGAAAUUUAGCAAGACUUCUAGGUUUUUGCUUGGAAGGAGAUGAAAAGAUACUUGUUUACGAAUAUGUAGCCAACAAAAGCCUUGACUAUAUUCUUUUUGAUCCUGAAAAACAAAGUUGGUUGGAUUGGACAAGACGUUACAAGAUUAUUGGAGGGAUUGCUCGGGGCAUUCAAUAUCUUCAUGAGGAUUCUAGGCUCAAAAUUAUUCAUCGUGAUCUUAAAGCUAGCAACAUAUUAUUGGAUGGAGAUAUGAAUCCAAAAAUCUCAGAUUUUGGCAUGGCGAGAAUAUUUGGAGUGGAUCAAACUCAAGGAAAUACCAGCAGGAUAGUAGGGACAUAUGGUUACAUGUCUCCAGAGUAUGCUAUGCAUGGAGAGUUCUCCGUGAAAUCUGAUGUAUACAGCUUUGGAGUGCUCGUAAUGGAGAUUAUAAGUGGGAAGAAGAUUAGUUCUUACAAUGAAACAGACUUUUCUCAGGAUCUACUUAGCUAUGCCUGGAAACUCUGGAAGGAUGGAGCACCCUUGGAAUUGAUGGACCCCACAUUAAGAGAAUCCUACACUCCAAAUGAAGUGAUAAGAUGCAUCCAUAUUGGUUUACUUUGUGUCCAAGAAGAUCCAGAAGAUAGACCUACAAUGGCAACAAUAGUGCUUAUGCUAGAUAGUAACUCUGUUACUCUACCGGUACCAAAUGAGCCUGCAUUUUUUGUACACAGUGGAACUGAUCCAAGCAUGCCAAUGAGGCUGCAAAUUGAUCAAUCUACAACUGGUUCAAUACAAAAGUCUAACAAUGAGAUCUCGGUUAGUGAAGUAGAUCCUCGAUAAAGCUUGAAAACGUAAGGAGCUUUUAAAGAUAUUAUUGUCGGUCAGACAAUCUCCUACCGCUUAGUGUGCUAUCAAUAGAGUGAGAGAUUAGUCUCAACUUGCUAUAGGGAUAUCUUAGUUAACAGAAAAAAAAAAAUGGUAUAUUUGUCUCAUUUGUUUUGAGUUGUGGGGUUGUGGCUUCUUAUGAUCGAAGUUCAAAAUCUUGUAAAUUUUGUAUUUGCUUAUUUCUCUAUGUGGAAAUGAUAUCUGCGGGUCGUUUAGGCCAUCUUGUAUUUAUUGUUCCCUCUUUGAAAAAGGUGAUAUUCUUAAAUA